UCCAUCUUACUCCUUCAGUUUUAACCCUGACGUACCUGCUCAGUGUUAUUUACUUCUUCACUUCACUCUACAGAGAGGUAGAGAGAGAGAGCGAAGGAAGUGGUGCUGUUCCACCUUCCCUGCUACGCCGUUCCUUUUGUCCUCCAGGUUCUCAGCUGUGUUCCUCUGAUUAGUUUUACCCGCAGAGAGAGAGUGUGAGAGUUGCAAAUAAUAGGUUCUGCAUGUCGUGAUUGUGUGAGUUUUCCUUCGAUUUAGGGUUCGUCAAAUUCGAUUAUUCAGUUCUUUGUAUAUGACUGAUUUGGGGUUUACGAUUGUCAUAUUGUGUUUGUCAUCAACAAGGACAAGGAAGGUGAUUUUUGGAAUUGCGUCGCUGCAGGCAAUGACAGAAACGAGUUUGGAGCAGAAUCUCAGCCAAAAGAGGUUGAGGAAAGUGAUUCUCAACUUCUGCAUUACGAAUUGGUUUACGAGUUUGAGUUGCGAAUGGAAUGUGAUUGAGCAGUCGGGAGAAGUUGAGGUUCCCGGACCAUGUUACAGAAUCAUACCGGCUGUUGUUACAACUGCAGUUGGCCAAAUGUGCAGCUUGCGAUGGCUGGGGUUUUUGGUGUUGGGUUUGUUUUGGAUUGCUUGCUUUUGGUCCAUAAAGCUUGGUGAUCAGUUUUCUGUAAUUUUAGCUACUAGCCGAGGAUUAAAGCAGAAAGUGGAAUUGAAGGUCAACAUAAUUUCAAUGAAUGUUGACAGUCCUUAACAAUAUGGUUUCAAGGUUAUUCGCGAACUCUGUUUUCUUUUUCCAUCGUGCACAAGUUCUGAGGACGCUUGGCAACUUCAGCUCCUCCGGUGCAACCUAUCCUAUUUGCAGAUACGUUGCAUGGUCUGUUUGAUUUUGCAUUCAAUCUUAUAUUCUGAAAGUCCUCCAUGUACAUACUGAAACGAAAAGAUUUUGCCUUUUUUUCUCUUUGGAGAAGAGCUGGACAGGGGAGAGCUUGGAGACGUAUAAUGGUGCUCAUUGCUCUUUCCGAACACAGAACAUGGGGUUGAAGGCCAGUUACUUUUUUAAUAGUUUAGUUAGCAGCAAAUCUAUAAUUUAGAGUUGUGAUUUGUUGGAAGGGUGGAGCAGCAUAGUCAGAGUGUUGAAGAUACAAAGGAACUUUAAUCACUUUUGGUGUAAUUACACAGGUAUCUACACUUUGGUGAAGUGCUUAGGCUUAGAUUGUAGGGACAAUGUCUUGACAUUUCUGUAUGAGGGAAUAAAUUUUGAUCAGCUACCAUCUCUACUUGCAGAGAAAUUGAAAUGUAUACAAAGCAUAGAACUAUCAUUUUAGAAGGUCUUGAUAUUUUUCUUCUUCCUACAAGCAAGAAAAAGCAACGAAGAUAUAGAAAGAACAAAGCAUGUGAAGUUGUCGGAUACUCAAAGUGGGGAGAUUGCCUCCACCUAUAUGGCAAUCUUUUGUACUGAAAUCACAUCUACCAUUUUGUGAUAAGAUAUACAUAUAUUGUAUAUGGAAUGCAGCUCCUAGAACUGAGUAGACACAAUAUAACCUAACUCAUAAAUAAUUUUGCUUCA